AUGUCUAUUAUGGACCACAGCCCCACGAUCGGGGUGGUCACGGUCAUUGUCAUCCUCAUCGCCAUAGCUGCACUGGGAGCCUUGAUCCUGGGCUGCUGGUGCUACCUGCGGCUGCAGUGCAUCAGUCAACCAGAGGAUGAAGAGAGCCUCGUUGGUGAUGACGAGACAAAGGAGCCCUUUCUACUGGUGCAGUACUCUGCCAAGGGGCCAUGUGUGGAAAGAAAGGCCAAGUUGAUGACUGCCAACAGCCCAGAAGUGCAUGGCUGAGCUGGGCUGCGAAGGGCAUGGUUCUGUUUGCAGCCGGCCCAGAAGCACUGAGAGGGCAGAAGCAGACAUGUUGCUAU